CUGACGGUACUCUCUCUCUCUCUCCCUGUCUCCCUGUGUCCCACUUCCCGACUGUCCGACUGUCUGUCUGACUGUCUGCGUGCCUGUUUGGGCAUCCCUGCAUCGCUCCCUUGACUCCCAAAUCCAAAUGCCGCUCCCCCCUCCCCUCCGCCGAUUUGAGUGCGUGCGUGCGGGGGAGGAGGCGCGUGGGAUUUGCGGGGUGUGGAGGGCGAGAGACCGAGAGACCGAGAGACGAGAGACGAGAUGUGGGGUACAGGCGGCCAAGCAGCAGCACACCACACGAGUAGAUGGUACUGUCCAAAUAGAUAUCUUUCCUACCUCGCUCGCCUAGUCUUCUGGAUGGGUCUCCAUAGGGACGGCCAAGAGAGAAAAGAAGAAGGAUGCGAUCAUUGGUACGGUAGUGUCUUCCCUUACUUUCCGGUUCUUGGAGAAAGAGAAUACGAGAUGUGGGGACAGGAGGGCGGGCUUUUCGAGCCUCAUCUCGACUGCGUUCCAGACACCUACGACCAGCCCAUGAGCUACUGGCGUCGCUAUCGCCUUCGCUACCGCUACCGCUGUGACUGUCGUUCCUUCGCCUGCCCUUGUUGCCUCACCCUGCGCUGACGUGCAAUGUAAUACAGUCUAGGUGACUAAGUAGAGAUUGGCUCAAGAGUGAAGUAGGUGACACGUGGAAUAUGCGCCGGGGAAUCGGUGACAUUGGAGACACAGUGGGGGAUGAC